AUGAUCAUGAAGGUGGUGGUAAUCUUUAUUUCUCUUCUUCUCCCAAGCUUUAUUCUAAGUUCAGAGCACAAUCUUACCAUUGAUGAAGACUUUGAGAUUGAGAAACUACUCAAGCUUCUCAACAAGCCAGCCAUCAAAACCAUAGUGGAAAAUGGAGAUAUCUUUGAUUGUGUGGACAUUAACAAGCAACCAGCAUUUGAUCACCCAUCUCUCAAAGGUCAUCAAAUUCAGUUAAGGCCAAGCUCAUUACCAGUUGGAUUAUGUGAUAAUGAUAAGAUUAAAUCAUCAUCAGGAAUUAAUUCAAUGGAAAUUGGAUUGCAAGAGAGCUGUCCAUCAGGAACAGUACCAAUAAAAAGACUUCAAAAAGAAGAUCUCAUUGGUAUGAGAUCAUCUUUCAAACAAUAUAAGAUCAGGCCCUCUUCUUCUAAUGUUAAUGAUGAUGCUUCCAAUCAGAGGUGGGCAACAAUGCAUACUCCAUUAAGACCAGAGUAUCAGCACUGGUAUUUUGGUGCUUCAGGAUAUGUGGGUGUAUAUGGUUUUUCUGAAAUGCUAGAGACUCAAGGCUCAUCAAGUGUUUUUUGGAUUGCAAAUGAUGAUGAUAUCAAUAAAUCCAAUAAUAUUGUUGUGGGAUGGCGUGUACAUCCAACAAAUAAUGGAGAUAAAAAUACCAGGCUAGUGGCUGGAUUUUGGACAUAUGCAACAAGACUUGAAGGUUUGGCGGCGGCACUGUCUCAGCUUGUAACAACGAUGAGUGCGUUUCCACCAAUGGGCAGUGGUCAUUUUUCCAGAGAGAAGAAGGUUAUGGAAAAUCACAUGCCCAUUUCAACUGAAGGUGAGAUGCGUGAUAUUAGUUUGCAGUCUAAUGAUCCUAUCAUCAUUUGA